UGUCUGGUCUUGGCAUCGACUAUCCCAGUGCUUCUCCCCGUCUCAACAUCAAUCUUGAUACUCCGUACAGCUGUCCAAUCCAAAAGGCAUUCACCGCAGAGAUGGCUUCAAAAAAGGAUAUGCGGAGAGUAGAUCUUGUCGUCCCCUAUGUCGACCCGCCCAAAGACAAGGACAAUGCUGACAUGUCGGGCGCCAUGACCAGCACCCUGCCCAUGGCCGCAAUGUUUACCAGGAAUAGGAUGAUUGGAUGGGUUUCCUUUGUGUUCGCGCUACAGAACUGGCUGGCAGAGUCCCCAGACCAGAAGGAAACUGCGUCGACUCCAGGCUACAUGUCGGUUUUCAUGUCCUUGAUGGCAUUGGUAGUGGUAUGUUUUCAGACUAUCUAUGCCCACAGAGUCCUUUCGUUUUUGAAUCCUGUGCUGAGACCUCAUGUAGACGUAUUUUCCUCUAUUCAUACCCCCGCCGUCCCAGCGCGCUGGAGCACCGGCGGCUCCUUCUACUUCCCCAUAGGGAACUCGCGCGGUGGUUGGAAGUGUAUAAUAUUCUGUUGGAGAAAGUUGCUGGGCUAUGAACCGGAAGGAGCAUAUGCGUAUUAAUCACCUGUACUGCCCGCACUACCGUUGGGUUUUGUAUGAAUAUUCGGUCUAUCUGUGUAGUGACAUAUCUAUGUACUACUAAUAGAGGCCAUUAUUAAUGCUAAUACCCACCUAGGUAGCUUCCGCUGGCGAGUUCUCCAUAGGUAACUGAUGCAUCAGGGGUGUAACUGGUAACUUAUCGGCAGGUGGAAGAUACGAGAUUGGCCACCGGAUCACGUGCUCACCGCCUUCCCCCUCAGCCCCUCAAAAAGGGUUUGUUGCUCUCUUCCUCUCCUUUCGAUCUUCCACCUUCCUCAUCAUCCA